AUGGACGUGUGCGCAAGGAGCCGGGGGGGUCAAGAUGCCACAGUCGAGAUGCUGAACGACCAGAAGAAAGCGGUGUGCUUUAAGCCGCUCCUUCGAGGCAGGCGAUCUCACCGGAUCGACCCCAACCCAGAGACGAUGCCGGCGCCUGACCCCCAGGACAUGGACGAGGACGAGCUGGAGAUGCUGUCCGAGACGCGCGCCCGUCUGGCCAACACGCAGGGCAAGAAGGCGAAGCGCAAGGCGCGCGACAAGCAGCUGGAGGAAGCCCGCCGCCUGACCACGCUUCAGAAGCGACUGGAGCUCCGUGCCAACUUCAUUGGCAGCGGGAGCCGCAAGCGAAUCAAGGGCAUCGCCUACAACGCGGAGAAUCCCUUCAAGAAGCGGCCCGCCCUGGGCUUCUACGACACCUCCGAGGAGAUCUUCAACAAGAUGAAGCAGCGCAAGGAGAAGGAGGUGCCCUGGGCCAUGCCACAGAACAUUGAGCCGGAGCGGAAGCGCUCCAAGCUAGUCCUGCCCAAGCCGCAGAUCUCCGACAUGGAGCUACAGCAGAUGGUCAAGCUGGGCCGCGCCAGCGAGGUGGCCAAUGAUAUAGCCAGCGAGAGUGGGAUCGAGACGACGGACGCCCUGCAGGCCGACUACUCUAUAACGCUCCAGGUGGCGGCCACUCUGCGAACCCCAUACACAGACCGCAUCAUGCAGGAGGACAGCGAGGCGAUGGAGACUAGCUCGGACCCGGCUGUCGAGGACCAGGCGGACGUAGACGCCCGGCUGCUGGCCGAGCAGGAAGCGCGCCGCAAGCGGGAACUGGAGAAGUGCUCGCAGGUGAUCCAGUGCAGCCUGCAGCGUCGCACUGCAACACGGCACACCAAGGUCCUGCGCCCACAGUCCGAGAAGCAGAACCUCACCAAGCAGAUACUCGCCGACGAGAUGGAGGUGGUGAAGGAGUGCAUAUCGCACGGCGAGCUGCCCUCGCAGUACCGCUACACCCGCGCCAGCCUGGCCAGCAAGAAGGACCGCCUGAAGUCGGCCGAUAACCGGAUGGAGAUAAACCGCCGCCACAUAGCGAAGGAGGCCAAGCGUUGCAGCAAGAUCGAGAAGAAGCUCAAGAUCCACACCGGUGACUACCAGGCGCCGGUAACUCGCGCCAAGGUGCUGAUCAAGCUGCUGCAGCACACCUACGGCCAGCUCGAGCAGAGAUCCGUCUCACUGUCCACGUUCCGCUUUCUGGGCGAGCAGAAGGCCAUCGCGGUGCCGCGCCGCCUAGAGUCGCUGCAGGAGGACGUGGGUCAGCAGAUAGACCGAGAGAAGGAGCUGCGACAGAAGUACGCCAGCCUGGUGAAGGAGCGCGAGUCCCUUUACUCGCAGAUCGAGCAAAUAACUGGCGUAAGGCCCACGGCCCAACAACUCCUGCCCGAGCAGGAAGCAUAA